AUGGAGGAAGUGUUCUCAACACCUCCUGCUACCCCUGAACAUUUCUCAUCACCUCCUGCUUGUUCCCCAAAACCUCCAUUAGCUAAUGAUAUGUCAAUAGUGGAAGAAGGAAGAGUUUGUCAUUCUUUGAGAACAUGUUCAACUCUUGAUUGUUCUCCUAAAGUACCAUUCCCGUCACCUCUUAGAUGUUCCCUUAAAGCAGCUUCAAUAGCUACUGAUCUAUCAUCAAUCAUGGAAGAAGGAAGAGCUACUCAUUCUCGAGUGUCGACUGAAAACAUAGUUCCUUCUCCAACAAAUGCCCACAAGAUUAUUGCUGAACUCCUAGGAACCUAUGUAAUUAUAUUCAUGGGUUGCGCAAGCAUGGUUAUAGACGGUAGAAACAUGCUUACCACCAUAGGUAUAGCGGUGACAUGGGGCCUAUCGGUGAUGGUUAUGAUAUAUACGCUUGGGCAUGUUUCCGGCGGCCAUUUCAAUCCUGCUGUAACCAUUGCUUUGGCUGCAUCAGGCAAGUUUCCAUGGAGAGAGGUACUAGGAUAUGUUGCGUCUCAGAUAGCAGCCUCAAUACUGGCAAUCGGCACUCUGAUUCUGUUAUUUCAUGGACCUGAAAAAAAAAACAUCAGUUAUUACACGACCACUCAGUAUAAUACGCGCACAACAACCGCUCCAAGAGCUUUUGCAUGGGAAUUCAUCAUCUCAUUCAAUCUGAUGCUCACCAUUUGUGGAGUUGCCACCGACAACAGAGCGAUCAAUGAGCUCUCUGGAGUCGCUGUAGGAGCCGUGGUGCUGAUCAACUAUAUCAUGGCUGGGAAUAUAACAGUGGCUUCCAUGAACCCUGCAAGGAGCAUAGGACCUGCACUUCUUUUCAGGGAGUUCCAGUCCCUUUGGCUCUACAUUGUGGCACCCAUUCUUGGAACCUUGACUGCAUGUACCAUUUACAGUUUCCUCCGACCUCCCAUGCACGAAAGAUGCGAUAAAGAGAGUCCUAAGAGUGUGUGA